AUGUCCAAUCAUUCAUUGGCCUGUGCUUCGGUUGAGACGACAGCUGAGAACACUUUAUUUGGAUGCUUCUACAUCCUUAUUUUCUUCCUGGCAUUGAACGGUAACAGCCUGGCCCUGUGGAUCUUCUGUCAUCAGCAUGGCGCUCCCUCUCCAGCUAAUGUCUUCUUGAUGCACCUGGCUGUGGCAGACUUGUCCUACGUGAUCAUCCUCCCACUGAGGGCCACCUACCACCUCACUGGGGGCCACUGGCCCUUUGGCGAGGUGCCCUGCAGAGUGGUUGGCUUUUUGUUUUACGUAAACAUGUAUGCUAGCCUGUACUUUCUGGCCUGUGUGGCUGCCGACCGCUACCUGGCUGUUGUCCAUGCUGUGAGGUCGCUGAAGGUUCGUCGUGCUCGUUACGCUCACAUCAUCAGCUUCUCUCUCUGGGCCCUGGUCACUGUCGCCAUGGUGCCAUUGCUCGUCACCCACCAGACUCGAGAGGUGGAUGGUGUGACGGUGUGUCAGCAGCUGUACAGAGAGAAGGCUUCUCGCAAGGCGCUCAUCUCACUGGCUGUGGCCUUCACCCCACCUUUCUUCGUCAUCCUGUCCUGCUACCUGCUCAUCAUUCGCAGCCUGCAUCGGGGCUCCAGGUUGGAGCCAGCUAUCAAGCUGAGGGCCCUGCGGACCAUCAGUGUGGUAAUCCUCAUCUAUGUGGUCUGUUUCCUGCCUUAUCAUGUGAGCAGGGCCACCUUCAUCCUGGGGUACGGACACGUUGACACGUCCUGUGAGACACGCAGGGGCCUGAUGUUGGCCAACCGCCUCACCUCGUGCCUCACGUGUCUGAACGGUGCUAUGGACCCACUGGUGUACGUGUUUGGGGCCAAGAAGUUCCGCGGGACUCUAAAACAAAUGUUUUGCAAAGACAGGUCAGGAGUGUCAGGAGCCACCAGUGGAGAGUUAAAAGGAACACAUGAGAGCUCUGUGAGCGCCAAGUCAGAGUUCUGA